AUGGGUUCUGCUCGGCCGUUUUACACACAAAUAUUAAAUAAUUACGAGCCACAAUUAAGUUUAUUAUAUGAAAAAACUCGAUCAUUAAAUGAUAAAUUAUUGGAUUCAUUUACACCAUUACAAUUAAUUGCAAUGGCAUCAGUAGUUACCGCAUGCGGUAUCGGACUCUAUCAAUUUUUAUUUGGUCAUGAUGAAGACAUUCCUACGCGUAUUAAACAAACAAUAUUUCGUUUGGCUCGUCAUAUACCUAUGGUACAACGUGAAAUUGCUAAAGCACGUAAUGAUACAUUAAAAUCAGUCUAUGCUGAUAUGGCAAAAAGUAUUCAAGGACAUAAAUUUGCUAAAGCUUUACCGGAAAAAGGACUUGCAAAAGAUGAACUUAUUCGAAAACUUGAAAAUUAUCGAAAUUUUGAAACUAUUAGUUAUUCAUCUGGUAAAGUUUCUGGUUGUGUUUACAAAUUAUCAAAAUCGGAUACAAACGAAAUCUAUACUACAGCUUUUAAUUUAUUUGGUGAUACAAAUCCACUUCAUGCUGAUGUUUUUCCUGAUAUUCGAACAAUGGAAGCCGAAGUUGUACGAUGUGUAGCAACUAUGUUUCAUGGUGAUGAAAAUGUUUGUGGAACGAUGACAUCUGGUGGUACAGAAUCAUUAUUAAUGGCUUGUAAAACCUAUCGUGAUAUGGCUUUAGCAAAAGGCAUUAAAAAUCCAGAAAUGUAA